AUGUCGGAGCCCGACUUAUCUCCAGAGCAAAGCCGCUCUUUACACGAGCGGAUCUUCAACAUCUUCCGUACCGCUCCACCGACCAACGCUGCCCCGACCAGCGCUCCCCGUCAAUUAGCAGGACCCGACAAAAAUGGAGGUUCUGCUGCGCCCUACACUCCUGGAGAGACGUCUCGUCUGCUGGAGUCAUAUGAUAGCCAUGAACCCGCCUGCGGCCUGAGAGGCUCUUGCGACCACGGCACUUUCUCCCCCAGACUGGAACGUGAUGAAGCUUGGGGUAUAGCAUCCUUGAACGAUGUUGGCAUGGCGGGACCCCCUGGCCGGGAUCCCUCCGGCGACGGUGAUUCUACUCAAGGACCGGAGAAUAUCCCCUCAAUGGAAUCAUCCGUUUCAGCAUUUCCCAUGAAGAAUCGCAAAUCUUUAUAUAUAUCCUACUACAUUCCGUUUUUUAACUGGAUCACUCAAUACCGCCUAUCCUUCCUGCGAGGAGACUUGAUUUCGGCAAUGACCAUCGCGUCGAUUUAUAUCCCCAUGGCGCUCUCCUUGUCAUCCAACCUUGCGCAUGCGCCUCCGAUCAACGGCCUUUACUCUUUCGUGUUCAACCCGCUGAUUUACGCCAUCCUGGGCAGCAGCCCUCUGCUCGUCGUUGGCCCCGAAGCGGCCGGCUCUUUGCUGACUGGUACGAUCGUCAAAGCGAGUGUGAGCCAGGGUCUAUCGAAAGAAGAGGACGAAGCCGCAAGCGCCUUGAUUGUCGGAAUAGCCACGGCAAUGGCAGGCGCCAUGAUCUUGAUUGCCGGUCUCACUCGGCUAGGAUUUCUGGACAAUGUGCUGAGUCGACCGUUCUUGCGGGGGUUCAUUACCGCCAUCGGUUUUGUGAUCUUUGUGGACCAGCUCAUUCCCGAGGCCGGGCUCGCCGAGCUGGCCAAAGAUGCUGCCGUGAGCCAUGGAACCACGGUGGAGAAGCUGGUCUUCUUUGUCAGGAAUAUAAGCAAGUGUCACGGCCUUACAGCUGCGGUGUCCUUCACCAGCUUCGCUAUAAUUAUGGUGUUCCGAACUCUCAAAAAGCUGCUCCAGCCACGAUACCCCCUCGUCGCCUAUUUCCCGGAUCGUAUCCUCGUGGUCAUCAUCUCCGCCAUUCUAACAUGGCACCUUGGCUGGGACAAGCAGGGCCUUGAGAUCCUGGGUCCGACCAAGAACACCGCCAACGGCGUCUUCGCGUUCAAAUGGCCCUUCCAGUUCAGUCACAUGAAGCAUGUGCGCACCGCACUGAGCACGUCCUUCAUCAUCGCGUUGCUCGGCUUCUUCGAGUCCUCCGUCGCCGCCAAGGGACUCGGCAAUGCUCGUCAGGCCGGUGUCCAGGGCAUGGCUGUCAGCGCGAACCGAGAGAUGGUGGCCCUGGGCGUUGCCAAUGUCGUCGGCGGUUGUUUCAUGGCUCUGCCGGCCUUCGGAGGCUACGGGAGAAGCAAAGUCAAUGCGUCUACUGGCGCCCGGUCUCCGAUGAGUAGUAUCCUGCUGAGUCUCAUCACGUUCAUCUCUAUCAUGGUUCUUUUGCCGUAUCUAUAUUAUCUUCCGAAAGCUGUUCUAUCCGCUAUGAUCUCUGUCGUCGCAUUCAGCCUUAUCGAGGAGUGUCCGCAUGACCUCGCCUUCUUUAUACGUCUGCGCGGAUGGACCGAAUUAACACUGAUGGUUCUCAUUUUCGUCUCGACUAUCUUCUAUUCUUUGGAACUGGGAAUCGCCCUCGGUAUCGGUCUCUCCAUCCUCAUUCUCAUCCGCCACUCCACCCAACCUCGAAUCCAAAUCCUCGGAAAAGUCGCCGGCACGUCCGACCGGUUUGAGAACGCUGAAUUGCACCCCGAAAAGGUGGAACUGGUCGAGAGCGCGCUGAUCGUGAAGAUCCCCGAGCCGCUCACCUUCGCCAACACGGGAGACCUCAAGAACCGCCUGCGUCGACUGGAGAUGUACGGUACCAACCGCGCACACCCAUCCCUGCCUCGGAUGCGACCCGCCGAGCACAACAAGAACCUCAUCUUCGACGUGCACGGAGUCACGAGCGUCGACGGCUCCGGGACGCAGGUGCUCUUCGAGAUCGUUGACGAGUACGCCGAACAGGGCGUCAGGGUCUUCUUCUGCCGUCUGCCCAACCGCGACGUCUUCCGGAUGUUCGAGAGAAGCGGGAUUGUGGACCGCUGUGGCGGAAUGUCUCAUUUCGUUUCCCGCGUGGAUGAGGCGCUCAGGCUUGCGGAAUCGGAAGAUCGAGGAUUGACUGCCUAA